CGACACCAUCCCAUCCCAUCCCAGGCACCCCUUUGGACACUACCCAACCGCACGUCUCUUCCACAACACGACCCGUCGAUUCAAACGCAGCAUCAGGUCAGAAAUGCUGCACCAGCUCCAUUCCCCAUCUUCUAGUAGACGAUGACUACGUACGACGAGUAUGGCAUUCCCGUUGGCGCAUACUCGGAGGAGCCAGAGAGCUUGACCGUGCAAGCUUGGAGAGUCGCGAGAGCUUUCUUUCUGUAUAGAAUAAGACCGGCAGUUCAGGAGAAGCACAGUGUGCUCAAUCGAAGGGAAUGGCGCGUUAGACGUCUGUUCACGCUUGUAAAGGUUCUGGUGGUGAUUUGGUGGGUGGUGCUGUACUGGGGCGAGAGGGGCGCAUUCAAUGGCGCGGUGGAGAGCUGCAGUUGGGAUAAGUGGGAGAAUUGGGAAGACGGCGCAAACCCUCACAGACUCAUAUUCGUUGCCGACCCGCAGCUCAUCGACCCGCAUACCUACCCCGGCCGGCCGUGGCCGCUCAAUCCAUUGACGUACAAAUACACCGACCUCUACUUGCGCCGCGCAUAUUCUCGUUUUCAGACCGUCCUCUACCCCGAUACUAUCUUCUUCCUCGGUGAUUUGUUUGACGGUGGGCGCGAAUGGUCCACGCGAACGACUACUUCUCCUGAGAAACGAUACCGCCACUAUGGCGACGACUUUUGGCUACACGAGUAUAGCCGUUUUGGCGACAUAUUUUUCAAACAUUGGGGCGAUGGGGGAAUGAAGCCGAGACCGGGACAACCUGGACGGAAGAUUAUAAGUAGUUUGCCUGGGAACCAUGACCUUGGUUUCGCAAGAGGUGUCCAGGUUGGUGUACGGGAUAGAUUCAAUGCCUACUUUGGGGACGGAAACAGAAUGGACGUCAUCGCAAACCAUACCUUCGUCUCCAUCGACAGCCUCUCUUUGAGCGCGCUGGGUCAAGACUCCCCGCAACAAGUCCAGGACAUAUGGCGCCACACAACGGACUUUCUCGAGAAUGCAAAAGAGCAGAAGAAGCGACUCAUACGGCGCGAACUGCGUGUCCAACAGGGUUUGCGACCCUACCCGGGGUUCCCACACCAUGAUAUCAAAUCUGAAGACCUGGCAGCUGCAAAGCUUCCUCACGCUCAUAAUGAGGUCACAAACUUUCCCACUAUCUUACUCACCCAUGUCCCGCUCUACCGCACCCCAGGCACACCUUGCGGCCCCCUCCGUGAACACUGGCCGCCAACACCACCCCCAGCGGGCCAACCCCCCCUCGAGCAUGACGACCGCAAUGCCAUUGCCGUGCGCGGCGGGUACCAAUACCAAAACGUGCUCAACCGCGAGAUCACCGCCGACAUUGCCGAGAAAGUUGGAGACAUCCGAUACGCGUUUAGCGGUGACGAUCAUGAUUAUUGUGAGGUGCUGCAUAGGGGGUAUGCAAGUGGGGGAGGGGGGAUCCGGGAGAUUACUGUAAAGUCCAUAUCGUGGGCAAUGGGCGUCCGGCUUCCCGGUGUGGUGCUAGUCAGCAUGUGGAAUCCUGUCGAUGCGCAUGGCAAUUCGCUAUCGGGCGAUGCGAGCAAGACCAUACAGACACAUCUCUGUCUAUUGCCAGAUCAGAUUGGGACGUUCUUGACGUACGGGAUGCUUUUCGGGCUCACCUUUGCUCUACUACUCAUCCGCGCAAACCUCGUCACGUUCGGCUUCAUCUCCACCACGCUUCCUACCACCGAGGCCCCUCUGCUCCCCACUUCCAACCCCUCAACUUCAUCCGCCGAGCAUGAAAAAGCCGCUCUUGCCUCCAACCCUUCGGCUGAAACUCCCUUUAGCGACCCAGCGCACUCCUCCAAUUCCAGCACUUCCUCUGAACGAGGAGGCACCCUACAAGUCCGUUCCGCUCAAGCACGGACUCGCAGCAUCUCUCCUGCAUCCUACGCCCUCGUCCCUUCUACUUCUCAGCCACCACCAUCGGCAGCAUCAUCCAAAUACACAUACCCCCUCGUCCAGCACGCAGGCUACUACGGCUCGUCUGAAGAUCAAGCCAGCUACAACAACGAGAAAGUCAAAGUCUACGGACACAGCAACGUCGUUAGUACGAGAGUGGCCAAGCCGAAGAAGAAACGCAGGGGCUGGAACUUGAUGUUUUAUGAGCUGAGGAGCAGUCUGGCUAGAGUAUGUGUGUGCGGACUCGUAUGGUAUUUCUGGUUGAUUUGGCGGGGGUAGCUGCAACAUGGUAGUUGGCAGUAUUACAUUAUCAUUAGCUUGCAUGAUGGUGUCAAGUAGAAUAUGAAUAUCAAUAUCAAUAUUAACAAACAUUCAAAC